UGCUUCAUAGGACCUGCUGUCCAUAUUCUCAUGUAUCAUGUGGAAAACUGAAAGUUAUGACCAAGUAGAUGGAGAUGGAGAACAUUUUGACCAAGCAGAUGAAGUUGAGAUUUCCAUGAUGAACAGCCUGCAGUCUGAAUACAAUCCUGGCACUGUUCAUGCAGAGGUUGAUGUUCCUGACUCAUGGGAAUCAUUGAAUAUUAAGCAGAAAGAGUGUGUGACUUUUAUCCCAGGACCAUCAAAUGGAGGAGUGACCUGCUGCUGUGGCCAAAGCAGAGAGUUACACUACCCGGAAAACUCAGUUCCUGAUGGGCCUUCAGAAACCACGUGGGACCCUGAGAUACAUGUUAAAGAAUUCCCUAGUGAGUUCCAUGGAGAUAUGAUUUUUGUAGGACCCAAAAGGACAGUGGCAAAGUAUGUGCGGGCAUCAUGCGACACUAAACCUGAUGUAUUGUAUGAGCUCAUAACUCAACACUGGGGCCUUCGUGUACCCAGACUUCUGAUAUCAGUGACCGGAGGGGCCAAAAACUUCAGCAUCAACCCAAGGCUGAAAAAACAGUUCAUUCGGGGCCUUGUGAAAGCAGCAAAGAGCACAAAGGCCUGGAUCAUUACCGGAGGUUCUCAUGCUGGCGUGAUGAAGCAUGUGGGCGAGGCUGUGCAGGAAAUCAGUGGAGGCCAACAAGAGAUUGUCCUGAUCGGCAUCGCCCCCUGGGGCACCAUCCAUAACCGGAAAUCCCUGCUCAGGAAUAAGGAAGGUCCAGCUCUGUACCCAGUGGAUGAAGAAUCUCAGGGGAACUUGUGCUGUCUGGAUAGCAACCACUCUCACUUUAUUCUGGUGGACAAUGGGACACACGGACAGUAUGCAGUGGAAAUUCCACUGAGAACUCAACUGGAGAAAUUCAUCUCUCAAAAAAAGAUACAGGAAACAGAAAGCGCAAUAAAAAUCCCUAUUGUGUGUGUGGUGCUGGAGGGGGGCCCUGGAACCCUUGAAACCAUAUAUAACUCCAUGCGUAAUAACACUCCAUGUGUAAUCGUGAAAGGAUCUGGGCGUAUUUCUAACGUUAUCGCAGAUGUGGCAGAUCUUGGUCCUUCCAAAAUUACCACUUCCCUCAUCAAGGAGAAGCUGCAGACUUACUUCCAGGAGUUGUUUGAUGAAACUAAGAUUAUCAUGUGGACCAAGCAAAUACAGGCUAUUGUCCAAAUGGAUUAUCUGCUGACCAUCCUCGGGGAAGAGAGAGUUGGAGAACAAGGCAUGGAUGUAGCCAUUCUGCAAGCAUUGCUGAAAGCAUCUCGCCAUACUGAUCAAGAGAAGAAUGGGGAUCAUCAGAAGAAUCGGGAUCAUCAGCUACAACUUGCUGUUUCCUGGAAUCGGAUAGAUAUCGCAGAGACACAGAUUUUUACUAAAGACUGGCCCUCAAAGCCCUCAGAUCUUUACCCAAGUCUAAUGCUGUCAUUAAUUGAUGAUAGACCUGCCUUUGUCAACCUCUUCCUGGAUCAUGGCGUGAGUCUUGCGGAGUUCCUCACUUUGGAAAAGCUCAUGGAGUUGUACAAAAAUACCAAGCAAUCCACUUUGAUUCACAGCAAAUUGGAGAGACAAAGGUCGAAGAGAACUGGUCGUUCCAAAACUGAAAAAAGUCACAUAGACUGUGUCUUGAAUAACUUUCUGGGAAAGCCGUUGCGGCAAAAAGCAAAGACUGAACACAUCAUGAUGAAUGAAAACUGUCUGGAAUACCCUUUACGAGAUCUUCUCUUUUGGUGCAUUCUCCAGCAUCGGGUAGAACUUUCACAGAUCGUCUGGAGUCUGACACAGGACUGUGUAGCUGGGGCCCUUUUUUGCACCAAAGUCCUAAAAGCCCUGGCUAGAAAGGAGGACGACAGUGAGAUCAUGGAGGAAAUGAAAGCACUGGCUGAUGUUUAUGAGGAGCACGCUGUGGGUGUUUUUUCCAAAUGUCACUCUAAUAAUGAGAAACAAGCUGAAAUUCUCCUGAAGCACGAGUCGCCUAAAUGGGGAAAAACUAUCCUAGAACUUGCUCAGGAGUCCCAAACUCUGACCUUUAUGUCUCAUGGAGGAGUCCAGAUGUUCCUCACAAAGUCCUGGUGGGGCAAGCUGUCAGUUUAUAAUGGCUUUGUGAAGAUUUUCCUGUGCAUGUUACUGUUUCCGCUCAUCUACAGCGGUCUCAUCACCUACAGACAUAAACCCUUCAGCUGUCAUUUGAAGUUCAAGGCCUUCUUCAGAGCCCCAGUAAUCAAGUUCUAUUAUAACACUGGGUCAUAUAUCGGCUUCCUGUGGCUCUUUGCUUAUGUCCUGAUGAUGGAUUUUCAGACCUACCCAUCUUGGAGAGAAUAUCUCUUGUAUGUCUGGAUCUUCUCCCUCCUGUGUGAGGAGCUGCGCCAGUCAGGAAUUCUCUUGUCAUUUUGUGACCGUAACCGGCAUCCGUUUAAUAGACAACCUGCCCAGUACAUCAAAGAUUUCUGGAACCAGGUGGACAUAUCUGCAUUGUUUUUGUUUGUUGUGGGGCUCAUCUGCAGAUUGGUUUGCACUGAUACUGUUUAUCUGGGCCGAGUAUUCUUGUCUCUGGACUUCAUGAUAUUGUGUAUUCGUCUGAUGCAUAUCUUCACCAUCAGCAAAGUUCUGGGUCCUAAGAUUAUCAUUAUUCAUCGAAUGGUGAAGGACAUGUUCUUCUUCCUCUUCCUUUUGGCUAUUUUUAUUGUAUCCUAUGGGGUGGCAAAGCAGGCGAUUCUAACUACCAAUGAAACAAGGCUAAGCUGGAUCUUUCGGAAUGUUGUCUACUAUCCGUACCUAACACUUUUUGGGCAUCUUCCAUCAGACAUGGACAGUUUGAACUUUAACCCUACAGAAUGUUCCCAAAAUGGCAUUAAUUCUACUCUGCCUAAAUGUGUUUACAAUGAUGGUUCUGGCAACGCUCUAUUUCCAGAAUGGCUGAUCAUAAUUUUGAUGUGUUUGUAUCUCCUUCUCGCCAACAUUCUUCUGCUCAACCUGUUGAUUGCAAUGUUCAGUUACACAUUCGAAGACAUUCAGAGUCAGUCAGAUCAGGUCUGGAAGUUUUAUCGCAUUGAUUUAAUAAAAGAAUACAAUGAAUGCCCGGUUGUUCCACCACCAUUCAUCCUGCUUGCUCAUCUGUACCUUGCCCUGAAAUACACCUUUGGUGAACCAUUGACAAGGGACAAAUUGCUGAGAUGCAAGUUCAAGGAAGAUGACAAGUCAUCGCUGCUGUACUGGGAAUCUUACAUGAAGGACAACUACUGGGAAAUGCGGCAACAGCAAAAACAGCAGAGCCAUGAAUAUGUGGUGAAGGAAAUAGCCGAGAGUGUUUCCGCAUUGUUAAAGAAGGAGAAAAUGGGUGAGAGCUACCAGCUGGAUGGGCGUCUCUCAGUUCUGGAGAAGCAGAUGGCUCAGUCCACGCAAUGCCUCAACUGGAUCAUGUCUGCGCUUCAAGAGAAAGGUUUUAGCAGCAAAACUCAGAUUUCAGGUUGUAACAUUGAGAAGGAUGAAGUUCUUGAUGUGGCUGUCUAGCCUGAUGAUACCAGUUCUUCCCUGCCCUGUCUACUCCAUUUGGGAUUAGGGAUACUUCAUUACUUCAUGUAGCACAACAGGGAUUGGGUCAAACAUAUUGGGAUAUAUUUAUUAAAGGUCAAUAUUUAUCAAUUUUAAAACUCUCUAAAUUAAUGUGUUUUAGGGGCUAAAUCGCACAUUUCCGAACAUUGACAUUUUUUUUAAAUAAAAAAUCAUCGGUUUAUAAAAAUGUGCAUUUUAGCCCCUGAAACGCAACAUGGAUUUAGAUCGAUUUAAAAUCAAUAAAAAAUGUAACUAAAUCGACCUUUAGUAAAUUUACCCCAUUGUGUUCUUACAAUAUUAUGUGCCAUCAAUAAAUACUUCCAAGUGUCAUUGAUCUGGCGCUAUGUUUAUUAUGGAUGAUGUGUUUGUACAAGUACAGUAAAUGGCCAAAGCAUGGCUAAAAUGUUUGAAUACUACUAUGAAAUGUGAUGGUACAUUGAUACAAGGAGGUUUUACACCUAACAUAAUGCAAGCCAGAUAUUUGCUAGUUCUAAACAUACUGUACAGUACUUUACAUUUUUGCUUGGUAAUGUGUAUUACCUUUGUGGUAGAAAGGUGUACAAAGGGAUACUGUUUCAUGGAUAUGGUCAUUGUACUUUGGUAGAUAGAUAGAUAGAUAGAUAGAUAGAUAGAUAGAUAGAUAGAUAGAUAGAUAGAUAGAUAGAUAGAUAGAUAGAUAGAUUAGACAGAUAGUACCAAUUCUUCUAUAUAAAUGAGUGUUAAAAAUUUGGAAAAAUCUAUAGAGAUGGAAAUUUGAGAUGUCUUAAUGUAAGUAAUAUUAAUCUAUGGUUCUUGGCAUUACCCGAGGAGCACCCGUAGCAGAUACAGUAAAAAGUUACAGGACCAUUUUUGUAGUUUAUGAAAUUACUACACACUGCAGGUGCAAUCCAAAUUUUGAUCCGAUUGUCCGUUUUGGCGUUAUCAUUCACGUAAUGCAAGCCACCCAUCAUCAUCAUCAUCAUCAUUAUGUCAACUCCCUUUUCAUACCCUCAGGGGAGGUUUAUUUGAAUCCUAAUUAUGCAGUUUUUCUAUUUCCCACCUGAAGAAUACCUAUGUUACAUUUCAGCUUCCUAACAUAUCGGGAAGUAAGAGAAUUAGUGAUGAGUCAGUGAGUGAGUGAUGGUUUUCACAUUUAUAUAUAUAUAUAUAUAUAUAUAUAUAUAUAUUUAUUUUAAUUUUUUUAUUUUAAAUGUCAAGGUCCCUCUGACACCUACUGUAUCUUGGUUAAUCUUUAUAACAAUAUAUCUAAGAACUCCUUCCCAGGAGAAAUGUUAGAGGCUUAUAUAGUUACGAUCCCCAAGCCUGGCAAGAAUCAGUCCCUUUGUCAAAAUUAUAGGCCUAUAGCACUUUUGAACUCGGAUGUAAAGAUCUAUGUAAAAUUAAUUGCAAACAGGCUGAAUCCGUUACUCCUCACUGUGGUCUCCCAAAAUCAAGUUGGUUUUACUCAAGACAGACAGGCACCAAACAUUACUAGGAGAGUCUUCUCUCUGCUUGAAGCCCAUUCUGCUCAACAAAAGCCUUUAUGACUGCUUUCACUUGAUGCAGGGUAAGUCUUUUGAUAGGAUCCAUUGGCUCUAUUUGUCUGAGGUUCUUGCCAAGUUUGAUUUCUCAGGUUAUUUUUUACAAGCUGUCUUACACUUAUAUACCAACCCUACGGCGCGUGUCUUCGGCAAUGGGUUCCACUUCUGAGCCUUCCCUAUUACUUAUGGAACGCGUCAAGGAUGCCCUUUAUCUUCAUCAAUUCUUCUAUGUUAAUAGAAAGGUUCCCUAAAGGUUCCUCACAGCACAAGUUUUGUCUUUUUGCUGAUGAUGUUCUGUUAUUUAUAACAAAUCCUGAAUCUUCCCUCACAGCUCUUUAUAAUAUUCUACAAGAUUACUCCAAUAUAUCAUACUAUAAAUGAAACACUUCUUCAGUCCUUACAGUCUCAAUAUAAAGAUUCCUGGUAAACCUCUUCCCUUCAAUAUUUAGGAAUCAGAAUACCCUUAAAAUUACAGGAUACUAUAUCAUGUAAUUUUCUUCUCCUUCUUGACUAUUUUACUGACCUCACGAAGCUGUGGAUAAACUACGAAAUAUCAUGGAUGUGGCAUCUCUCUUCCAUUACAAUGAUGUUACUCCCCAAAAUCCUUUAUUUGUUUAGAAUUUGUUCAAAUGACUUAAUAAAUUCUAUUCAAUUAUGUCUAUCUGGAAAGGUAAAAGACCUAGGAUGACUAGAGCUCCCCCAUAUAAGUCUAAAUAUAGUGGAGGUCCCGCUUUACCCAAUCUUGCUGUAUAUCAACAUACCUGCUUACUUGACCAAUUGAAAGACUGUCUCUCACCUGGGUCUACUAAACCCUGGGUUGAUGUCGAAAAAUGUAAUGUACCAAGGUUUCCUUCUUCUUGAUUUAAUAUGGGUUAAGCCUUCUGCAAGGCCAUAUUAUGCCGUAUCCUUAAAAAAUAUCUCGGACACCCUUAUAGUUUGGGAUAAGUUAAUUGAUUCAUUAGGAGAAUUCUUCCUCUCUUCUUCCAAUUUAUCCCUACUGGUAGUUUCAAAACUGAUUUCUGACCUUUCUCUACAGAACUGGCAGGAACUGGGUAUUUUAAACGAUUAAAGAUAUUUAUGAUGAUUCAAACCUUAAAUCUUUCCAACAACUACAAACUCAGUACUCAGUGCAGGAUUUGUAUAAGUACUUACGCAUUAGAUACUGGAUCUCAACAAACUCAUCUUCCACACUUUCCCUCCCCUCUCCUCCGCCAUAUAUUUUGGUUACAAUUUCCACUAUAGGCCAUAAAGGUGGUAUAUCCUUAUGGUAAAAUACUCUUUUGUCACCUCAUGAUAACCUGAACCUUCAAAUCCAAGUUAGAUGGGAAUCAGGCUGAAUAUUCUUGAUGAAUGAUAAUUGCAAUAGAGUCUUCUUAAAUGUUUUUAAGAUAUCCCAGUCAUUCAGAAAUUAUGUUUAAAUUGAUCGAUGGUCUUUAUCAUACCCCAAAUAAGCUACAUAGAACUUGGACUGAAUCCUCCAGAUUCUGUUGGUGACAAUGAUGCUUAGAAGGUACACUAGUUCAUACUUUCUGGGAAUGUCUUAUAAUUAAACCCCUGUGGAAUGAGAUUUUUGAUUUGAUUAAACAAGUUGCGGGUGAGUUCCUUCCAUUGCUUCCUGAAAUUGUCUUCAUGCAUUAUUUCCCCCUAUCUGUCCAAGCUAAUAAUAAAUAUAUUAUAGGACAUAUAUUUAUCGCUACCAGGGCUGCUUUAGCCCAAUAUUGGAAAAGAGCAGACCCCCCCCCCCCCCCCCCCUCUAUGUCGAAGGUGAUUUCUAAUAUCCAGGGUAGCUUUGAAAUGUAAACUAUAGGGAUUAAAUACUCUAUGGCCUCUUCUUCCCUCCUGAUCAAAUGGCAAUCUUGGUCGGAUUAUUACAAUACUCAGGUGGCCUUGCACAGUGCCAUGGAUUAGGAAGAUUAUAAUGGAACUCCUUCUUACUGUCAGUGUCCUUUCUGAUGUUGCUCUGUAGGUGUCAUUCUUGUUUUUAUUGUCGUUAUCUUGCUUGAUGCUAGGUCUCUAUUAUUACAUACUCUGUAAGUGUCUGUUGCCUACUUGGUUUGCGAUCAAGGGGCAUGUGUACACUCAUUGAAUUAUACUGUAUUAUACUUACCUGUAUCCUCCUCGUUUUCCCUGUUUUUUUUUUUUUUUUUCUUUUUUGUUGUUUGUUGUAGAAGUUAUUA